GACUAGGCAGGUGUUAAGCUCAUACUGUGUGAGAGUGAACGAGAGAGAGGGAACCAGGGAGUGAGAGAGAUAGAGAGAGAAAAACAGUGAGGGCAUGGUAAAAAGGCUAAAGCGCUAACUGAAUAGAUAGAAGGCUGGAGGCAGACGACACGUAGUGGUGGUAGAGAGAGAGAGAGAGAGAGAGAGAGAGAGAGAGAGAUUGUUGUAAGACUAAGAAUUUCAAGAGAAGCAGACACAGACUCCCAGAAAGAGAGCAAGAGACGUAAACACCAUGCUAAGGAGGAAGAGGAGUGUGUCCUUCGGAGGGUUUGGAUGGAUUGAUAAGAGUACGGUCAGUGCACUCAGAGCACGGAAGCAGGAGAGAGAGCUGCUGACCAUCUCUAAUGUUCCCCUGGCAGACUGCCCCCCCUCUCCUCCGCGCACCGCACCCCCCACCAUGAAGUCUGCCCAUUUCUUCGACAUGAUGGAGAAGAUGGAGGAUGACUACAUCCCAUACCCCAGGAUAGAGGAGGUGCUGGAGAGGGGUGGGCCGUACCCCCAGGUGAUCCUGCCAGAGUUUGGGGGAUACUGGAUUGAGGACCCUGACGCCCUCGUCCCCACACCCCCUUCUCGGUACCCCAGCCUGUGUGACAGGGGGGACGAUGGAGGGGGAGGAGAAGGGGAAGAGGGGGACGCUGCCCUAGUGGGUUAUGGGUACCGGCUGGAGAGUAAUGACGCAGCACGCGCCUACAGGAAGCACUUCCUGGGCAAGGACCACUUGAAUUUUUACUGCACGGCCAGUUGUCAUGGCAACCUCAUUCUGUCUGUGAAACAUGAGGAAGUGAAGAGUCAGGAGUAUCUGCAUGUCAUCCUCAGGUCUAGGAUGAAAACAAUGUAUGAUAGGAUCUCUCUAGCAGAACUUCCUGAGCUGCCUAGUGUCCCUGAACUAGCCAAGCUGCUGUGUGAGGAUGCUGUUGGUCUCAGAUUUAGUCCAGCUCUGUAUCCCAAGGCCUCCCAACUUAUAGUGAGCUAUGAUGAACAUGAGGUGAACACCACCUUCAAGUUUGGGGUCAUCUACCAGAGGUUUGGACAGGUUUCGGAGGAAGAGUUGUUUAGAAACAGUGAGGAGACACCAGCCUUCACUGAGUUCCUCAGUUUACUGGGAGAGACUGUAGACCUACAGGACUUUAAAGGGUUCCGUGGUGGUCUGGAUGUGUGUCAUGGUCAGACAGGCUCACAGUCGGUCUACACAGACUACAGAGAACAGGAGAUCAUGUUCCAUAUCUCUACUAAGCUGCCCUACACAGAGGGAGACAGGCAACAGCUCCAGAGGAAGCGACACAUAGGAAAUGACAUCGUAGGAGUGGUGUUCCAGGAAGAGGCCACACCCUUCGUAGCAGACAUGAUCGCCUCAAACUUCCUCCACGCAUUCAUACUGGUGCAGGUGGACAACCCCUGUACCCAACAAACCACCUACAAGGUGUCAGUCACGGCCCGAGAGGGUGUACCUCCAUUUGGCCCGCCCCUCCCCAGUCCAGCAGUGUUUAAAAAGGGUCCAGAGUUCAGAGAGUAUCUUCUCACUAAGUUGAUCAAUGCAGAGAAUGCCUGCUACAAGAGUGACAGAUUCGCCAGGCUGGAGGAGCGAACGCGGGCGGCCCUGCUCGACGGUCUACAUGACGAGCUGCACAGACACACUCAGUGCAUGCUGGGAGUGGGAAUCGGCCCCGAGGAGGAGCGGGCGGAGAAUGGACAUGGCCACGGAGGACUGCUGGAGUCCAUCAAGAGGGCGAUGCGAGGAAGGAGUGUCUCCAUGGAGAUGAUGGCAAAGGGUGGAGGAGGUGGCCUGUCCACCAGUCUGAGUGGAGGGGUUCUGCUCCACAGCAGCUCUGAUGCAACUAAUGUUAAGUCUCCAGUGAAACGUCGCUCUGGUCUUUUCCCUCGUCUGCUCAGUAUAGACAGCCAGACAGAGAGACAUAACCACAAUCAUCGCAGUCUCCAUAGUGACCAGAGAAGCUUUGAUACUGGCCACCCCACGCAGGAAGUGAGGUCAGAGACCCUCUCUAACCCCAGCUCUCCAGAGGCCUCCCUUAAGGAAAGGCCCAGCAGUGUAAAGUUGAAUGAGGGCAGUGCAAGCAGGACAAACGUCUCACACUCCUCAUCUAGUACAAGUAGCUUCAGCAGUGCAGCAGGAGAGGGAGAGGCCACCGACACUGACCUUAACACCCUGGCACCCUCAGUGUUCCUUUCUGUUCACAGCCCCUCCCUCACUGUUGAAGGUCAGAGUUCAGGGACCCCUGUCAUUAUGUGUCGCAGCCCCACUGAGUUAAAGAAUAAGAGUUCUCCUAGAUCCAACUUGAAGUUCCGUUUUGAUAAAUUGAGUCACUCUGCGACAGGACACUAGGUGACAGAUGUGGGAUGAGAGAGAGAUAAAACAGUUCAAAUGGGAUGGAGGUAUGAAGGGCAGUACAUUAGGGAUGGGUGGAGAUAAAUAACAAGAGAGAGAAGGCCCCUCCAACCUGAGGAAGAGGUUGAAAGAAGAGAAAUGGCUCAAGAUGGAUGAUUCGGUACACACACUACAGUGGAAGUUUUAGGCCCAGGCAAAGCUUUGCUCUGCCUAGUGGAUAAUGGUCCUUUCAUAUUCAGCUGUCUGUGUGGUUGUUUCCUGAACACUGAUCAAAGUUCUAUGAGUGGCUCUAACAUGGGUCCUUGUCAGCAACUGCACUGCAUUCAAUACCACACAGAACUGUAAGGCAUAGAUUCAAUUCAACAUCACUAAGGCCAGAAGUUUUUCCUGACCAUGUGGUCUAACCAGGAAAAACUCUGGCCAUAGGCAUCACCAAUGGAGGCAAUAUUGAUGUCCAGACCGCCAUUCUUGGAAAGGGAAAAGUAAUCAUGGCUUGUCAUACAAAUGUUUCAAUCUGAGGGUCCCUGGAAUUUCUACACUGAACAAAAAUAUAAAAGCAACAUGUAAAGUGUUGGUCCCAUGUUUCAUUAGCUGAAAUAAGAUCCCUGAACGACACGAACAAAAAUAUGAUUUCUCUAAAAUGUUGUGCUCAAAUGUGUUUACAUCCCUGUUACUUAGCAUUUCUCCUUUACCAAGAUAAUCCAGCCACCUGACAGCUGUGGUAUAUCAAGAAGCUGAUUAAACAGCAUGAUCAUUUCAUGUGCACCUUGUGCUGGGGACAAUAACAGGCCUCUCUAAAAUGUGCAGUUUUAUCACCCAACACAAUGCAACAGAUGUCUCAAGUUUUGAGGGAGCAUGCAAUUGGCAUGCUGACUGCAAGAAUAUCCACCACAGCUGUUGGCAGAGAAUUAAAUGUUAAUUUGAUGUAUGCACUUCACGGAUGAAUCCCGGUUUCGACUGUACCCAAGCAGAUGGCAGACAGCGAGCGUGUAUGGCUUCGUGUGGGCGAGUGGUUUGCUCAUGUCAACGUUAAAAACAGAGUGCCCCAUGGUGGCGGCGGUGUUAUGGUAUGGGCAGGCAUAAGCUAUGGACAAUGAACACAAUUGCAUUUUAUCAAUGUCAAUUUGAAUGCACAGAGAUACCGUGAUGAGAUCCUGCGGCCCAUUGACGUGCCAUUCAUCCGCUGCCAUCACUUCUUGUUUCAGCAUGAUAAUGCAUGGCCCCAUGUCUCAGGGAUCUGUACACAAUUCCUGGAAGCUGAAAAUAUCAUAGUUCUUCCAAUUGCUUGCAUACUCACCAAGCAUGUCACACAUUGAGCAUGUUUGGGAUGCUCUGGAUCAACAUGUACGACAGUUUUCUCCAGUUCCCGCCAAUAUUCAGCGACAUCGCACAGCCAUGGACAAUCAGUGGAACAACAUUCUACAGGCCACAAUAAACAGCCUGAUCAACUCUAUGCGAAGGAGAUUGCGCUGCAUGAGGCAAAUGGUGGUCACACUAGUUACUGACUGGUUUUCUGAUCCACGCCCUUACCUUUUUUUUCAAAGGUGUCUGUGACCAACAGAUGCAUAUCUGUAUUUCCAGUCAUGUGAAGUCAUAGAUUAGGGCCUAAUUCAUUUAUUUCAAUUAACUGAUUUCCUUAUAUGAACUGAAACUCGGUAAAAUCGUUGAAAUUGUUGCAUGUUGCAUUUAUAUUUUUGUUCAGAAGGAAUAAAGUGAUUCCUGAUUCUGUUCUAAUUGUUCUAUUUCUCUGUCUGAAACAAUCAUCCAUGCAAAAGAGAAAAUGACAAUGCAAAAUCAAAGAAAAAGACAAAUGUACCCAGCAAACAUCACUCUAUUGGCCCCAUGUGGGUAUUCGAUUGGCAAGGUGGGAAUGGGCUAGCCCACACCAGGCCCACACCAGCCCAACAUGGUCUAGCCCACAGCAAUCCCACAUCAGCCCAACACGGGCCAGUCCACACCAAGCCAGUAGCAUGUAUUUAUUGAUGCCAAGAGAAUCCAGGCCUCCCCCCCAAAAAAAGAAAAAUACAUACAAAAUGAUUGUCUUUUGUCUCUCUGUGUUUCAUACAUUCAGCCUCUUGUGAAUUGAAUGAAAUGUAUCUAACCGGAGAAAGCAUCAAAGCAAGCAAAACAGCCCCAAUCUGUCUCAGUAUGUGUAGCCCAUCUAUCUGAUGCUGUCUGGUCAAAAGGAGUAUGACAUUGUAGCAUUGAACGCAAGGGAAGCCAGCAAGCAUUUGGCCUCCCUUGAUAAUUUUUUGAAUUAAUAAUAUCCAAUUGUCGUUGAGCUAAACUGAGCGAUCUCAGCUGUUUUUUAUUUGUAUUUUAUUUCACCUUUAUUUACCCAGGUAGGCUAGUUGAGAACAAGUUCUCAUUUACAACUGCGACCUGGCCAAGAUAAAGCAUAGCAGUGUGAACAGACAACAACACAGAGUUACACAUAGAGUAAACAAUAAACAAGUCAAUAACACAGUAGGAAAAAAAAGAAGAGUCUAUAUACAUUGUGUGCAAAAGGCAUGAGGAGGUAGGCGAAUAAUUACAAUUUUGCAGAUUAACACUGGAGUGAUAAAUGAUCAGAUGGUCAUGUGCAGGUAGAGAUACUGGUGUGCAAAAGAGCAGAAAAGUAAAUAAAUAAAAACAGUAUGGGGAUGAGGUACGUGAAUUGGGUGGGCUAUUUACCGAUGGACUAUGUACAGCUGCAGCGAUCGGUUAGCUGCUCAGAUAGCAGAUGUUUAAAGUUGGUGAUGGAGAUAAAAGUCUCCAACUUCAGCGAUUUUUUCAAUUCGUUCCAGUCACAGGCAGCAGAGAACUGGAACGAAAGGCGGCCAAAUUAGGUGUUGGCUUUAGGGAUGAUCAGUGAGAUACACCUGCUGGAGCGCUGGUGUUGCCAUCGUGACCAGUGAACUGAGAUAAGGCGGAGCUUUACCUAGCAUGGACUUGUAGAUGACCUGGAGCCAGUGGGUCUGGCGACGUAUAUGUAGCGAGGGCCGGCCGACUAGAGCAUACAGGUCGCAGUGGUGGGUGGUAUAAGGUUCUUUAGAAACAAAACGGAUGGCACUGUGAUAAACUGCAUCCAGUUUGCUGAGUAGAGUAUUGGAAGCUAUUUUGUAGAUGACAUCGCCGAAGUCGAGGAUCGGUAGGAUAGUCAGUUUUACUAUGGUAAGUUUGGCGGCGUGAGUGAAUGAGGCUUUGUUGCGGAAUAGAAAGCCGACUCUCGAUUUGAUUUGUUUGAUGUGAGUCUGGAAGGAGAGUUUACAGUCAAGACAGACACCUAGGUACUUAUGGAUGUCCACAUAUUCUAGGUCGGAACCAUCCAGGGUGGUGAUGCUAGUCAGGCGUGCGGGUGCAGGCAGCGAAAGGUUGAAAAGCAUGCAUUUGGUUUUACUAGCGUUUAAGAGCAGUUGGAGGCCACGGAAGGAGUGUUGUAUGGCAUUGAAGCUCGUUUGGAGAUUAGAUAGCACAAUGUGAAUGGUCCUGGUGCACCAACAAAGUGUCAGGGGAAGCCAGCUUGGAUUUGGCUUCACACCAAUCACAUCACAUCAUAUCAGAAGCCAAACGUAAUUCACAGGAAAAAAACGUAUUGUUGCAUCUCGUUGUGUCGUCGUCCUCCGGUGGCUAGCGAGCUAAAACCAUCCAUUUCCUAAAUUAGUCAUGGAUGGAGAUAGGGAUUUGGAGUUGUGGUUUUACUUAAUUCUCCAUGCUGGCCAAUACUUACAACUGUGAUUCUGAUCCAACCAUAAAUUCAUGCAUUGUACCGCUGCCCUGAGAGGAUGGAAGUUCAACAUGUAGCUAGAUGUAGUAGGCUAAUGUUAUUAACUAGCUGGCCUGGUGCAUCUUUGCCCUUGAAAGGAAGUUAGGCUAACAAGUAAUCGUUUUAGUCAGGUAGACUAGGACAGCAAAAACUAAACGUGUGUACUGUAUGACAGUCACAGACUGUUUAGGCAACAUGAAAGAGGAGGAUGGCAUUGGCAUUUCUCUACAAGUAGAGUGAGUCAACAUGUCUUUUCGACUUGCCCGCACACACACAACACGGGCUAGCAAGGUAAUAUCAAAGAGUUUCUAAACCCAGAGGCCCACCAUUGCGGGAACACUUGCCAAACAGACCAGGCUGGGGUUUGGGUAGUCAAUGAGAGAAAUUCAAAAUUCUUCCUCUGUUCAUUUUCUCUACAUGUAAAAACACAACCUAGAUUCGAGCCAAUAUCUUAAGUAGUUGAACAUGUUAUUACUCCAACCUCAUGAAAGUUACAAACUGACACAUUUUCAUUUUUGUAAAAAUGAACUUUAUAUCGAAGGAGUGCCUUUGAUUUGACGGCCUGCACAUGAGCAGACGGCCGUUAGACUCGAUGACGUGUUAGCCAACGUCACCAUGACAUUGCCUACAAGUGUGAUCGUGAAUUUCUACUGUACCCUCUUUGGUAAUAUGGCAGACAUUUAAAAGGCUACGGCUACCAAGAACCAAACUCUUGACACUGGUUUGUGCCAAGAACUGCAAUGCUGCUGGGUUUCUCAUGCUCAACAGUUUCCAAGGUUUAUCAUGAAUGAUCCACCACCCAAAAGUAUUCCAGCCAACUUGACACAACUGUGGGAAGCAUUGGAGUCAACAUGGGCCAGCAUCCCUGUGGAACGCUUUCGACACCAUUUAGUCCAUGACCCGACAAAUUGAGGCAGUUGAUUGAGUUGAUAGGCUACAAUGUUGCACUUCGCUAGCGAUAGUGCAAUUCAAGACAGAUAGAAAGGGAGGCAGAUAGGCAAAGUAGAGAGAUUAAUGCAAUUGAAAGAACCUGCAUUGUCAUCAGGAUAUUUACUGUUUUUAUUUGUCGGAUUUAUGUAUAUUUACUUAGUUGACAAAGGAAGUUAUAGGCCUACUGCUACAUUGGCCUUGGCGAUCUCUCAUUUCUUUAGCCGCCAAUGGCUCAUGGUGAAUCAAUGUGUCCAUAUGGCAGAAGCUGGUGCUCUUGCAUUAGUGGAAUUAUAAUUUUAGAUUUUUAUCAUUUUAAUUCCGAUUUGUAUUACUAACCAGGUGACAAUAAUUUUGAGAAUUGAAAACAUUACUAUUGAAAUGAAACUGUUCCACGAAAAUGCGCAUAUGAAAAACAUAACUAGCACACAGUUUCGGUAGAAAUGGUAGGAUAAAUUGUAAGCUUCCCCAAACUUGAAACUCACAAACUUGAAAUUCAAGCGCCUAGGAAUAGACUGCUGUGAAUAGAGCGCACAUUAUUUAUAUUUUUUAAAAUGGUAGAUCAACUUUAAUAUUGCAGAUAGAUAUUCUAUCAAUGUAAUUGUCUGCAUCAUUUCAAAUCCCCCAUAUAUUUGUUUUUGUAAAUAUAUUUUCCUUUAUUAUUUUCCCCUAACACUACCACCCCUCCCCUAAUUGGAGUAAACUAAUGGACAACAAUACUUAGGCUUCUACUGACAGCUUAUACAUACUAUAUCAAUUUUACAGACACAGUAUAUUUUACAUUAGUUAUCUUGUGUUUGUUUUUAGUCUCACCCUUCAGCUACCCUCAACCACUCCCAUCUACUGUGCAUUCGGAAACUAUUCAGACCCUUUCUUUUUCACAAUACCCCAUAAAAGGUUUUUAGAAAACUUAACACAUUUUUAAAAACUAUCACAUUUGCAUAAAUAUUCAGCCCCAUUACUCAGUACUUUGUUGAAUAACCUUUGGCAGCGAUUACAGUUUCUUCCAUUCUUCUCUGCAGAUCCUCUCAAGCUCUGUCAGGUUGGAUGGGGAGCAUUGCUGCACAGCUAUUUUCAGGUCUCUCCAGAGAUGUUCUAUUGGGUUCAAGUCUGGGCCACUCAAGGACUUGUCCCGAAGCCACACCUGCAUUGUCUUGGCUGUGUGUUGUCCUGUUGGAAGGUGAACCUUCGCCCAAGUUUGAUGUCCAGAGCACCCUGGAGCAGGUUUUCAUCAAGGAUGUCUUUGUACCUUGCUCCUUUCAUCUUUCCCUCGAUCCUGACUAGUCUCUCAGUCCCUGUCGCUGAAAAACAUCCCCACAGCAUGAUGCUGCCACAACUAUGCUUCAACGUAGGGAUAGUGCCAGGUUUCCUCCAGACGGGACGCUUGGCAUUCAGGCCAAAUAAUUCAAUCUUGCUUUCAUCAGACCAGAGAAUCUUGUUUUUCCCAUGGUCUGAGAGUCCUUUAGGUGCCUUUUGGCAAACUCCAAUCGGGCUGUCAUGUGCCUUUUACUGAGGAGUGGUUUCCGUCAGGCCACUGUACCAUAAAGGCCUGAUUGGUAGAGUGCUGCAGAGAUGGUUCUCGAAAGUUCUCCCAUCUCCACAGAGGAACUCUGGACCUCUGUCAGAGUGACAAUUGGGUUCUUGGUCACCUCUCUGACCAAGGCCCUUCUCCUUAAAGUUACAUGUCAUUUGCACCAUGUAUGAUCAUUGCAGCCUAUCAUUUCAUGAGAACGGGCUCGCUUAGCAUUGCUGUACCGCAGCCUAAGCCUGCAGCAGCCUACUUACCAAAGAUUGCACCGUGUCCAUUACAAUGUAGAAAUGAAUCAAUAUCCAUAUUACUGUAGCUUCAUCUUAUUCUUUUUAACUAUUUCUAUGGCGCAAUUUAUGGAAGAUGCCAAAACUUUGGAGAUAACAAUAGAUAGAGAAGUCAAAGAUAGGCCUGUGGUUUUCAUCUGUGGUAAAGUUUUCCCUAAAUCAAUGUGUAUGACAAAUCCAGCUCCAGAACCAGUCAUAGAGCCAGCUGGCUAAUCUUUUGAAUACAGAUAACAUAUUAGCUGUAUUAAACUCCAUGCAGAAAUUCUAUGUGGAAAUUCCCACACCCAAUUUGGGUCGCCUUCGUCAUUCUUCGGAGGUGGAAUCUAAACAUGCAUUUCCUCUCUAGGACAAGAAAUUACAUUGAAAUAGUGGUGAAAACUUCCUCUCCGCACUGUUUCCACAUGCCAAUGUGGGCAUGUUUCCUGGUAAAAGAUGGGCUUAUUUCAGGCAACGUGAGUGCUGCCUUUACCAAAUAUGGACUGCCCACUCUGCACAAAUGCCUUUGGGGCCAACGUUGAGACGAUGAGCAAAGGAGCAUUGGCCUAAUAUUGGCAGACUACAUGGGGCCAAUAUUUUUGCCCCCAUUGGGCUCACAUCUUGCCAAUGUGGACAUGUUUGCUGGAUAUAUUUUUGCACUAAACUGACACACUGUUGUGAAUAAUUCCUAGUAAGUUAUAUUGAUAUAUAGUGGGACAAAAAAAUAUUUAGUCAGCCACCAAUUGUGCAAGUUCUCCCACUUAAAAAGAUGAGAGGCCUGUAAGUAUACUCACAUCAUAGGUACACUUCAACUAUGACAGACAAAAUUAGAAAAAACACCCAGAAAAUCACAUUGUAGGAUUUUUAAUGAAUUUAUUUGCAAAUUAUGGUGGAAAAUAAGUAUUUGGUCAAUAACAAAAGUUUAUCUCAAUACUUUGUUAUAUACCCUUUGUUGGCAAUGAGAGAGGUCAAACGUUUUCUGUAAGUCUUCACACACUGUUGCUGGUAUUUUGGCCCAUUCCUCCAUGCAGAUCUCCUCGAGAGCAGUGAUGUUUUGGGGCUGUUGCUGGGCAACACGGACUUUCAACUCCCUCCAAAGAUUUUCUAUGGGGUUGAGAUCUGGAGACUGGCUAGGCCACUCCAGGACCUUGAAAUGCUUCUACGAGGCCACUUCUUACGAGGCCACUCCUUCGUUGCCCGGGCGGUGUGUUUGGGAUCAUUGUCAUGCUCAAAGACCCAGCCACGUUUCAUCUUCAAUGCCCUUGCUGAUUGAAGGAGGUUUUCACUCAAAAUCUCAAGAUACAUGGCCCCAUUCAUUCUUUCCUUUACACGGAUCAGUCGUCCUGGUCCCUUUGCAGAAUAACUGCCCCAACGCAUGAUGUUUCCACCCCCAAUGCUUCACAGUAGGUAUGGUGUUCUUUGGAUGCAACUCAGCAUUCUUUGUCCUCCAAACACGACGAGUUGAGUUUUUACCAAAAAGUUAUAUUUUGGUUUCAUCUGACAAUAUGACAUUCUCUCAAUCUUCUUCUGGAUCAUCCAAAUGCUCUUUAGCAAACUUCAGGCGGGCCUGGACAUGUACUGGCUUAAGCAGGGGGACACGUCUGGCACUGCAGGAUUUGAGUCCCUGGCGGCGUAGUGUGUUACUGAUGGUAGGCUUUGUUACUUUGGUCCCAGCUCUCUGCAUGUCAUUCACUAGGUCCCCCCGUGUGGUUCUGGGAUUUUUGCUCACCGUUCUUGUGAUAAUUUUGACCCCACGGGGUGAGAUCUUGCGUGGAGCCCCAGAUCGAGAGAGAUUAUCAGUGGUCUUGUAUGUCUUCCAUUUCCUAAUAAUUGCUCUUUUAUACUGAUAACAAGUUCAAACAGGUGCCAUUAAUACAGGUAACGAGUGGAGGACAGAGGAGCCUCUUAAAGAAGAAGUUACAUGUCUGUGAGAGCCAGAAAUCUUGCUUGUUUGUAGGUGACCAAAUACUUAUUUUCCACCAUAAUUUGCAAAUAAAUUCAUUAAAAAUCCUACAAUGUGAUUUUCUGGAUUUUUUUUCUUCUCAUUUUGUCUGUCAUAAUUGAAGUGUGCCUAUGGUGAAAAUUACAGGCCUCUCUCAUCUUUUUAAGUGGGAGAACUUGCACAAUUGGUGGCUGACUAAAUACUUUUUUGCCCCACUGUAUAUGUGUCAUGUAAUCAUGUUGCACAUACUGUAUACACUACAGUUCAAAAGUUUGUGGUCACUUAAAAAUGUCCUUGUUUUUGAAAGAAAAGCAAAAAAAUGGUUCAUUAAAAUAACAUCAGAUUGAUGCAGUGUAUACAUUGUUAAUGUUGUAAAUGACUAUUGGAGCUGGAAACAGAUGAUUUUUAGUGGAAUAUCUACAUAGGCGUACUGAGGCCCAUUAUCAGCAAGCAUCUAUGUUCCAAUGGCACGUUGUGUUAGCUAAUCCAAGUUUAUAAUUUUAAAGGGCUAAUUGAUCAUUAGAAACCCCUUUUGCAAUUAUGUUAGCACAGCUGAAAACUGUCAUUCUGAUUAAAAAAGCAAUAAAACUGGCCUUCUUUAGACUAGUUGAGUAUCUGGGGCAUCAGCAUUUGUGGGUUCGAUUACAGGCUAAAAAUGGACAGAAACUCUUCUGAAACUGGCUAUUCCAUGCGAGAAAUUGCCAAGAAACUGAAGAUCUCGUACUACUCCUUUCACAGAACAGCGCAAACUGACCCUAACCAGAAUAGAAAGAGGAUUGGGAGGCCCCGGUGCACAACUGAGUAAGAGAACAAGUACAUUAGAGAGUCUAGUUUGAGAAACAGACGCCUCACAAGUCCUCAACUGGCAGCUUCAUUAAAUAGUACCCGCAAAACACCAGUCUCAACGUCAACCGUGAAGAGGCGACUCCGGGAUGCUGGCCUUCUAGGCAGAGUUCCUCUGUCCAGUGUCUGUGUUCUUUUGCCCAUCUUAAUCUUUCCUUUUUAUUGACGAGUCUGAGAUAUGGCUUUUUCUUUGCAACUGCCUAGUAGGCAGGGAGUAGUACACAACAUUGUACGAGAUCUUCAGUUUCUUGGCAAUUUCUCACAUGGAAUAGCCCUAAUUUCUCAGAACAAGAAUAGACUGACGAGUUUCGGAAGAAAGUUCUUUGUUUCUGGCCAUUUUGAGCGAUUUUGAGCCACAACUUGCCAUUGGAAUACAGGAGUGAUGGUUGCUGAUAAUGUGCCUCUGUAUGCCUAUGUAGAUAUUCCAUUAAAAAUCUGCCAUUUCCGGCUCCAUUCCAGUCAUUUACAACAUUAACAACGUCUACACUGUAUUUCUGAUCAAUUUGAUGCUAUUUUAAACCACAAAAAAAUGUGCUUUUCUUUCAAAAACAAGGACAUUUAUAACUGGACCCAACAUUUUGAACAGUAGUGUAUGUACAGUGUGUGUGUGUGCAUAUAUAUUAAAAGAGCACACGUCUUGAAAAUUGUUUUCAUUCUCUCAUGUAAAUUGCACUAAAAUACCUGGUGGUUAUGGGUGCGCUUGCUUCCAUGCUCGCCCGGAUGUCAGGCGGGUCUUGGUCCUUCCCACCCUUGGAAAAUCCCUUUGGGCUGGGGUCAAGUGCACCCACUGACCAGAGCACCCACUAAUGGGAGCGGCCAUUUUUAUUGUAUUUGCAUUGCACUGUUGAUGUUGUUGUCAAAAUUAUUUUUUAAAGAUAUACAAAAAUACAAAUAGCAUUGAAAGCACGAGUACUUAUUUUCUAUCGAUUAUGCACCUGACCUCUCCUUACUAAACCUGAUUUUACCCAAGUGGUAAACCCUUAUCAAUAGUGUCUUAAAUUAUCCCCAUAACCAAGCACUGAAUCAAGUAAUUGAGUACAGUAUUUUUAACAUAUAAAUAUAGUAUAUGAAUAUAUGAUGUAUAUGUUAGUAUGUUAUAUGAUUGACAAAUGCCUAUUUGGAUUUAUGUGCGAUUGUAUGAUGAGGGACAACAGUUGUGGAGGUUUCCUGAUGUCUGUUGUUGUCACCCCUGGUAAUGUAUAGAUUAUAGCCUAUAUACUAUUUAUGAUUGAGCACAUAGCUAACCCUAUGACUGUGAUAUAUGGGUCAGACAUAAACAAUAAAAAAAAUGUAGGUUUUGUGUUGCCAUUGUCUUGACAAUGAAAUAAUAAGUAUGUAAUUUACAAUUAACACAUGUAAAUCAAAUUUACUUAUGUGCCAAUGGAUAAUUUGCUGAAUAAAAUGCUGUAUUUUGUGUCACAA